UUGCACUCCCUGUGCAGGCUCUUUAUGGGUCCAGGAGCCUUUGUCAGAUCUACUGCCACAUAGAAAAAAUGCAGACAUCCAGGACGUGGGCUGGGAGGGCACCGGCAGAGCUGUUUCUUCUCUGUGCUGCCCUGGGAUGUCUCGGUUUGCCGGGGUCCAGAGGUGAAAGGCCACCCUCUCUUGAGUCAAAUGCAGUCAAUGGGAGCCUUGCCAAGACUAGACAGAUGCGGAGUGUGGAUGUCACAUCAAGGCCUGUUGAUUGUGAACUGUCCAGCUGGUCUUCCUGGACCACGUGUGAUCCCUGUCAGAAGAAAAGGUACAGACAUGCCUACUUGCUCCGGCCCUCUCAGUUCCAUGGGGAACCGUGCAGCUUCUCUGACAAGGAAGUUGAAGACUGUGUUUCCAACAGAGCAUGCAGAGGUCAAGUGCGAUGUGAAGGCUUUGUGUGCGCGCAGACAGGGAGGUGUGUAAACCGCAGACUUCUUUGCAAUGGGGACAACGACUGUGGAGACCAGUCAGAUGAAGGAAACUGUAGAAGGAUUAAUAAAAAAUGUCAGCAGGAAAUGGACCAAUACUGGGCCAUUGGCAGUCUGGCCAGUGGGAUAAAUUUGUUCACAAACACCUUGGAGGGCCCAGUUCUUGAUCACAGGUAUUACGCCGGUUCGUGCUCCCCCCAUUACAUACUCAACACGAGGUUUCGGAAGCCGUACAAUGUGGAAAACUUCACCCCACAGACCCAAGGCAAAUAUGAAUUUGUGCUGACAGAAUAUGAAUCGUACUCAGAUUUUGAACAUAAUGUCACAAGGACAUCAGUCAGCAAGUCUAGUUUCAGCUUUGGUUUUAAAAUACCUGGGAUAUUUGAAUUUGGCAUUAGCAGCGCAAGUGAUAACGGCAAACGUUUUAUUAGCAGGACCAAACGAUUCUCUCAUACGAAAAGCGCAUUUCUGCACGCGCGCUCUGACCUUGAAGUAGCGCGUUACAAGCUGAAGCCCAGAAACCUCAUGCUGCAUUACGAAUUCUUUCAGCGAGUCAAGCAGCUGCCCCUGGAGUACAGCUAUGGGGAGUAUAGAGAUCUCUUUCGCGAUUUCGGGACCCACUACAUCACAGAGGCCGUGCUCGGGGGCAUUUAUGAAUACACACUCAUCAUGAACAAAGAGGCCAUGGAGAGAGCAGGUUACUCCCUUAAGGAUGUCCAGGCCUGCGCCAAAAAUGAUUUUAAAGUCGGUGUCGGCAUAGAAGUGGUCUACGUCAAGCUGGGUGUGUCGGUGGGCAAGUGCAGGGGCAUUCUCAAUGAGAUAAAUGACAGAAACAAGAGAAACACCAUGGUGAGAGACUUGGUGGUCCUUGUGCGAGGAGGGGCAAGUGAGUACAUCACUGCCCUGGCAUACAAGGAGCUGCCGACAGCAGAACUGAUGCAGGAAUGGGGAGAUGCGGUGCAGUACAACCCGGACAUCAUCAAAAUUAAGGCAGAGCCUCUGUAUGAACUGGUGACGGCCACGGACUUCGCCUUUUCCAGCACAGUGAAGCAGAACAUGAAGCAGGCCCUGGAGGAGUUCGAGAAGGAAGUCAGCUCCUGCCAAUGUGCUCCCUGCCAGGGGAACGGAGUCCCUGUCCUGAAAGGAUCACACUGUGACUGCAUCUGUCCUGUCGGAUUCCAAGGCUCGGCCUGUGAGAUCACCAGUCGGAAAAAUGUCCCCAUUGAUGGGAAGUGGAAUUGCUGGUCAAACUGGUCUCCGUGUUCCGGAGGACAUAAAACAAGACAGAGGCAGUGCAACAAUCCCUCUCCUCAAAAUGGGGGCAGCCCCUGCUUGGGCCCUGCUUCAGAAACACUUAACUGUUAAGGAAGGGGGAGCUUCUAGUAGGUGAUGCUGCUGUGGGCAGCACACAGCAAGAGCUCUGAGCCCUCAGGAGUCAGGCCAGCUCACCCCCACACCUGCUCCCACCUGGAGCUGGCCCCGAGGGUAGAGGCUGUGCCAUUCAGAAUGUUUAAAAUAAAGAUAUUAUUUGUAAAAAGCACAUUGAUUUGAACAAAUAGUAAGUUAAACAAUAAUUACAGUCUCCCGAAGGGCUUUAGCAUCCUAGUAACCUUCACUUUGUUCGUCUCUACAAUUUUAUUUUGCUCACGUUUACUACCAGCCUGGAACUGUGUUGGGAGCUGUCCACGUGAAAGUCCCACUAUCCACCAGUGACCUGCACAUAGUAGGUGCCCAGUAAUGAAUCCAUGAAUAGAUAUUAUGCUGUUUCUGUCUUAAG